AUGAGUAAGGAACGAGUUAAAGUGGGAUUCAGCAGGAUUUUGAAUUCCAAUUCCCUGACAACUGUAAGAGAUGAUGCAUUCUCAGGGCUGCCAUAUCUGGAGUACCUAUUCAUUGAGAGUAACAAACUAGAGACUACAUCCAAAUAUGCCUUCAGAGGACUCAGGGACCUGACUCACUUGUCUUUGGCAAACAAUAACAUUAAAGCCUUGCCCAGGGACCUCUUCAUUGACCUUGACUCCCUUAUAGAGCUGGACCUGCGACGCAAUGCCUUUGAAUGUGACUGCAGAGCCAAGUGGCUUAUGACGUGGUUAAAGAACACCAAUGCCACAGUGUCAGAUGUUGUGUUUGCUGGACCAGAGGACAUGAAGGGCAAGCGCCUCAAUGAUAUGACCAGCCUGCAGAAUGAGUGUGUCUCCACAGAUUUCAUCCUUCAUCAGUCUGUUGCCUCAGAAUCGUUGUCUGUUGACACAUUCAGCUAUAAGAAUGAUGUCUACGUGGCCAUUUCUGCUCCCAGCACAGAGAGCUGUAUGAUUUUCCAGUGGGACCACAUAGAAAUGAACUUCAGGACUUAUGAUAACAUCACAGGUCAGUCCAUUGUGGGGUGCAAAUCUGUUAUCAUCGAAAAUGAGGUGUUUGUCAUUGUGGCUCAGCUGUUUGGUGGUUCCCACAUUUACAAGUUUGAUGACGACCAAAGCAGGUUCAAUAAGUUCCAGGAUAUCGAGGUGUCCAAGAUCUCUAAGCCCAAUGAUAUUGAGGCCUUCCAGAUUGGCUCUGAUUGGUUCUUUGUGAUUGCUGACAGCUCAAAAGCUGGCCUCUCCACCCUCUACAAGUGGAAUGAUAAUGGCUUUUAUUCGUACCAGUCACUGCACCAGUGGUACCGCGACACGGAUGUAGAGUUUCUCGACUUGGAUGGGAAAGCUCACCUUAUUCUAGCGAGCCGCUCACAGGUUCCAGUGAUCUACCAGUGGAGCCGGAGCAACCAGAAGUUCAUCCUGCAGGGUGAGAACCCCAACAUGGAGGAUGUAGUGGUUGUGAAACACUUUCGGAUCAAGGAGGAGCUCUACCUGGCUAUGACGCGGUAUAUCGGUGAUUCUAAAGUUCUGCGUUGGGGCACCAAACAGUUUGCUGAGAUCCAAGCUUUGCCCUCUCGAGGCUCCAUGAUUCUCCAGCCGUUCUCUUUCAAGGAACGUUACUGUCUGGCUCUGGGAAGCGACUACACCUUCUCACAGAUCUACCUGUGGGAUGAGGACAACAAAAUCUUUGACCGCUUUAAGGAGGUGUACAUCCAAGCCCCACGCUCUUUCACCGUGGUAUCUACCGACCGCAGGGACUUUAUUUUUUCCUCGAGCUUCAAGGGAAACACGCAGAUCUUUGAGCACAUCAUCAUCGACCUGAGCUUGUGAGGGGCUGUGCCUUAUCGUCCCGUCUGAAAUCAAAUGUCUUCCACUUGAAAGACAAAUUCAAGAAGGAAAAAAAAAAGAGAAAGGACCUUAUAAACUCUCAAAUAUCCACACCUUCAUAGUUUUCACUCACGAAUUAGAGCGGGGUCAAGAUGUAUCGUGACUAUUUCUGAAUGGCCUUGCACUCAUGGAUCCUCAGACUUUCUGAAGUACUACCCUUUCAUAACUACUACUAUUCUCUUAAAAAUACCACUGAAGUUCAUGACGGGUUAAAAAAAGAGACAUUUAAUUGAAUCUAUUUGGAUUAAUCUUUUUUUUUGUUUAAUAUCUUUCUCUCAGUAGUUUUAUGCAGCUAUAAAAAUACAUCAGGACCUGAAUGAACGUAACAAAUUUAUUCUGAUUUGCGGUGACUGUUGAUGGAUUGAAUGAUUUUGCCACCUACCUGUAUCCUCAUACCCUGUGGUAACGUACAGUGCCUUGCCUUAUAAACACUGGGGUCUUUUGUUUGAUGGUUACACAGUGCCUCCUUCUGGCUGUGAUGAAGUACCACACCCCUCUGCUCUUUCCAUUACAGGGAAUGUCUAGAAAGCACAAACCUUUAAUUAUCAUAGCUGAGAUCAUAGAGUGUAGCUGUUUGUUGGAAGGUGUCUUUGUAGAUGCUGUAGAUUAUAAUGCAUACAGUAGGAAGCAGUGGUUUGUUGUUACAGUUAGUAAAAUAUCCAGGACUUGACCUUAUACAAAUUCAUUAAUGGAGAAUCGCCAUUUAGAUACAACUUCUAGAUCUGCUGUAAUAUAAUGUGGCAAAGUACAGAGAAACUUUAUCAGUAUUGCAAAGGACCUGUG